UCUUAAAAUUAUCUAAAACAUCAUCUUCCAUACAACUUCCCUCAACUCUCUCCAAAUUUUAUAUAUAUACACACACUUAUUUUUCUUCAAGAAUCUAGUUGCCUAUACACAAACUGCAAAAGCAAAAAAAAAUAAAAAAAUGGAAUUAUUCGACGAAAAUGUGUUGAUAAAAGUCGGUCUCUUUGCUUUGGUCCAAGCUUUGGUUUAUUUGAUUCUAUCAAAGUCAUCAAAUGUAUUCUCCAAAACACAAAGAUCAUAUAGCUUCAAAACAGCUCGUUCUGUCAGCAUUCGCCGGAUGGCUGCGGCACUAGCCGACUUACCUGCCGGCGGUGAGCCAUCUCCGACUUCCAAGGACUUGACCUCUUCUAAGUCAUUCAAGUAAUAAUAGAGACAACUUGUUUUCAAUGGUCUCAUAUAUUUUUAGAUAUUCUUUGAUUUGUUGUUGGACAUAUAUAGUUAAAUCAGAUUAUUUUGGUGUGCAUUUCAUGUAGGUUUUUUUUCCCCUUUUAAUUCAUGUAAAUUACUAGUUUGUAGUAUAUUGUAAAGAUUUUAUAAAUUUAUUAAAGGUCCGAAUCGAUAUAUCUGUUGAA